CAGCUCACACACUCAGUGUCCUCUCUCUCUCCUCUGUCCUGGAUUGUUCUUUGUUCCAGGGAAUAAAAUCGGAGUCUAAUUGGGUGAAGGGUUGAGGGGGAAUCUGUCUGAUUAGCCUCCUCCAGCAGCAGACGGGGAUUAAGCUCUUGCUCUGUAAUUAUUAUAAAAGCAUACGUCAGCAGAUAUCCACCCAUUUUCCGCAGGAGGACUGGCCGUGGAGAGCGGAGCAGCGGAGCAGCGGAGGAGGCAUGUGCAGCCCGGCGAGGCCCCGGUGAGACGUGGAGCAGACGCGGGCUGGAGGAGCAGGAACAGGAACAUCCGCCUGAGUCAGCGCCACGACGCGGACACACACACGCUCUCUCCCCCGGCACUGAGCGCGGCGCUGCGCUAAUACGCAUCAAGAUGGCGGUGCAGGCAGCGGAGAACGACGGAAUAGUGUUGCAGAAUGUGGAGGACGACCACCUGAACGACUCGCUGGGGAACCCCGGCCUCAUCUCACCUGACAAGGAGGACAUAUCACGUCUCCUGACGGUGCCAUUCAGCGGACGUAUCCGGGGAGGCAUGCGGCCAGGGAAGAAGAUCAUAGUGAUGGGGAUUGUCGACCAGGAGCCGGAGAGCUUUGACGUGAGCCUGACCUGCGGCCGUGACUCAGAGAAGGAGCAGCCGGCGUACGACGUGGCCCUGAAACUCACCGCCCGCUUCGGCGACCGCCAGUUCCUACGCAGUGCCCGCAUCUCUGGGAAGUGGACAGGGGAGGAGGCUUCCACUGCCUACUUCCCCUUCAUCCCUGAUCAGCCCUUCAGGGUCGAGAUCCACUGCGAGCACCAGCGGUUCCGGAUAUUCGUGGACGGACACCAGCUGUUUGACUUUUAUCACAAAGUAAAAUCUUUGACCUCUAUCGACACAGUACGGAUACAAGGAGAUCUACAGAUCACCAAGCUCGGCUAACGCCCCCCCUCCUCCUCCUCCCGCUCUGCAAGUCGUGUGUGAAGCAAGGACUCGAUCGCAGAUGACCACAC